AUGUGUGGGUUUCCUUCAAGUGGGAAAACUAUUUGUGCUAAAAAGGUUGAAAAAUACUUUAUUGAGAGAUUUGCAAUUCAACAGAAAACCAAUGCGGUACAUUUAAUUAAUGACGAAUCUUUAGGUAUUUCUAAAGACAGUUAUAAAGAUACGCGUAUAGAAGAAAAAAAAACUCGUGCAUCAUUAAAAUCAGCCGUAGAACGAUUAAUUUCAAAAGAUGAUGUAAUAAUAGCUGAUGGAAUGAAUUAUAUCAAAGGAUUUCGAUAUCAAUUGUAUUGUAUCGCACGAGCAAUUGGUACUCCUCAUUGUGUGAUAUACUGUGGUACACCAGUAAAAAUCGCGAAGGAAUGGAAUUUUAAUCGAGGUGAAGAGAGUUAUGAAUCAAAUGUAUUCGAUGAACUCGUUAGUAGGUUCGAAGAACCAGAUGAUCGAAACCGAUGGGAUUCUCCACUUUUUACAGUUCUUUAUAGUGAUGAAACAAUACCUUUAGAUAAUAUAUGGAAUGCCAUAAUUGUUAAAGUAGCAAGACCUCCAAAUUUAUCUACUGCUGUGAAACCUGUAAGCGAAACAAAUUAUCUCUACGAACUUGAAAAAAUUACUCAGGAAAUAAUCAAUGCAGUAAUAAAUGUUCAAAAAACCAAUAUUGGGGCAGGUACUUACAUAAAUCUUCCUUCACGUAAUGUAACGCUUUCAGAAUUAAGACGUUUAAGAAAGCAAUUUACAAAUAUUAAUAAGAUGCACACAUUAAAUAUUGAAAGUGUAGCAAAUCUAUUUGUUGAAUAUUUAAAUACGAACAUUAAUCGGUAA